GUAACAUACACGCGCACAAAUGUCAAUUCUGCUGAUUCUAUUGUUCUGCGUCGUCGCCACGUCAGCACUCGUUCAGUUACCACGUUUCAGUCGAUAUGGAAUUAUCACAAACUACGAUAGUCCAUCACGAGAGGAAAUGAUCGUUGAACGUAAGAGAUAUGACCGUAAUUGCUUCUUUUCACCAGUUCAAUGCAUGCUGACCUACAACGAUGACAGCCGUCUUCCACUUGUUGUAACUCGAAAAUCUUCGAAACGAUCGAUCCCCUUGUUCUCCGAUUUUCGUAAUUUGAAGUAAUUGCAAUUUGACAUUCCGCGCCACUUUUCACGACUCACAAAUUGUUAGUAAACGACGAAAGAAUUUAUUUAUUUGAUUCAUCACAUUAUCUAUUAUCAUCAGCUUUCCCUCCAAUCCCACGAUCUCUCUUUUAAUUAAACCUUAAUAAAUGUUAAUUCUGUUGAA